CAGUUCAGUGCGAGAAUUUCAUUUGUGCGAUGAAUUUAAUAAAUGCAUUCAUCAUUCUCUAUCUCACAUCAUAUAAUGUGAAUGGGAAAGGUCUAACGAUGAUAACACGCGGUUGUAUUGCAAAUUACUUAAAACAAAAUCAGCUGUUGAAUGUGUCACUUAAAAUUGGCCCGACUCCAAGUCCAUCUUAUUGUAACAAUCUCGUAACGAAAGUUAAGAAAACUAUCAUAGAAAGUGCCAUAAAAUCACUUUUAAAAUUACCUGAAGAAUCUGUCGAUGACAUCACGACAUACAAAGAAUGUUUCCGUCAAUUAAUCAAUCGAAACAAUGUAACAGAUGUUCUACUAAAAGACUUUAUGUAUAAUCAGGAAGAAAUAGGAAAUCACAAUGAAAUGAGAUUAAUUACAAAUGAGAUUUUAAAGCUAUUCGACUAUUUGUGCUAUCCGCAAUGGCUACAAGAUGAUUUUAAUCGUAAAUUCACGACUUCAUUUGCUGGCUACGAAAAAGAAACAAAUCGUUUUUGUUUGGUGAAUUUGCUACGUGAGAAGGAGGUCAUUGAUCGAGAUUUUAAUGUGAAUUUUAAAGUGAAUGAUACAUCGAGUCUCAAAUGUCCAGAAUACAUCAAUGAGGAUAUUUUAAGUUUGAAAACAGAAGCAUUCGACUUAGUUUAUCAGAAUGAACUUUAUCGUAAUGAAGAAAUUUGGGAAUGUGCGGCUGAAGAGAGACUUAAAAUUGGAUAUGUACGUUCGUACUAUCGACUCAUGGCUUAUACAUUCUUUCAUGAAAAUGACACUAGGAAGUCGGAAGAGCGCCAAAAGUUUUUGAAUGUUUUACAAUCUGCCAAUGAAGUUGCGUCUAAAUGCUUCAAAAUUGGAUUUGAAAUUUUAUGAAAGUUCUUAUUGCUUACUGCUGUAUAAUUGAUGUUGUGUGGAUUGUUUGAAUGUGCAAAUAAAUGAUUAAAAUUUUG